AUGGAAACUUCGAAGAGGUCAAAGCUAACAGCAGAUGCCCUAAAGCAAUUUCAACAAGGGGUUUCACUUGUAUUCUCAGGUUGGGUUGCUCUCCAAGAUGCUGUGAAUGGAGGUUGGGGAGGCCUAUAUUCGCGUGAAAAAGCGGUCUCUAUUGAGUACUCUGUUCUCAGUUUCUUCUGCCAACCUAAGAACAAUGAACCUCUAUGCAUUUUCGAUUUAGAAGAUUUGCUUUGUGAUGGCAUGAAUUCCAUGAGUUUGAUGGACUAUGAAGGGGAAUGUGAGGAGGUGGCAAACAAGCUGAUGGUUAUGUAUGAAGAAUGCUUAGAGGGUGACUAUCAAUCAAUUCAAAGGCUCAGGGAUGCGAGGCCAAUUCGCCAUGUGGUACCGGUAAUCAAUAAUGAUGAUGAUGAUAACGAUGAUGAUGAUGAUGUUAACAACAAUGAUACGGUGAAUGAUGACGGUCCGAGUAUGAUGAUAGAUUCACAAGCCAGCUCCUCAAACAAUGAAGUUGCUUCCCAAGAUAUGGAGAUGGAUGGGUGGAUUCCUGUUACCCGAAAGAAGAGCAAGGGUCAGAGAAAGUAG